UGCUUGUGCUGUUGUUCUCCUGGUUCUUCCAUGUCUCGCGGCUCCGCUGCUGCGGUUCGAGGGAGAUAACACGAUCGCCCUUCAGGAUGGAAAACCCCCACAUGACCUGAUGCUUGCCACCGUAAGUCUUUCCGUUCUCUUUCCCUGUACCGGUACCGACUGGUGAAACUGCGGUAUUUGCUGUUUUUGUUGCAGUGUAACCUGAAAUGAUUUUUCUAUUCACUGAAUGCUGUACUUUUAUUAAGUCAGAAAAUAGUUUUGUGUUUGUUCUUGUCCUCACACGUUUUCUUGUUCGUGGCUGCGUUUCACUAAUACACUUUUAUAUUCACGAAAACUGAAAAAAAGCCACCGUGAUGAUUAUCCCAGAGUCGAAUUUUGCAUAAGUGAUGAAGAAAGGGAAUGAACAGAUCAUCGCGCAUCAAGAAAAAUUCAGUCAUUUUGCUGCUGUCAUUCAUCUUUGAUUAUGUGCCUCCACAUGUUGAUGGGAACAAGUUAGAAGACAGCUGUGACUAAUGCGGGUAGUUCUUAGAACAUGACAGCUUCUACAUGCUUGAAUCGGCUUACAUUCACUGGUAGAGUUGACGCUGUAUUCAUUUACAUCAUAAACAUUGGGCCAAGUGAACAGAAGACUGUUAUGCUGGUGUUCGCUUUAGUGAUUACGUUCUCUCUCUUUCAGAAAUACCUAAGACGCUUCUACGGUUUUCAGGAGGUUGACCCGGCGGGGCGGCGGAAGAGGAGUCUCUCCUCCAAACUGAAGGACAUGCAAAGCUUUUUUGGCCUCAAUCAGACUGGCAACCUGGAUUCUUACACACUGGCUGUAAUGCAGACGCCCAGGUGCGGUGUUCCUGACGUCCAUGAUUACGUCCACAGCCAAGGCAACAGGUGGACAAAAAAUGUCCUCACUUACAGUGUUGGGAGGUAUACGAGUGACUUACCCGCAAGUACAGUAGACUCCCUGAUCGCAUCAGCUCUGGAUAUGUGGGCAAAAGUCAGCCCUCUGAGGUUCAUCAGAUCAUUCUCUCAGCAGGCAGACAUCAUGGUGGAGUUUGGCUCCAAUGAGCAUGGUGACUCCUUCCCCUUUGACGGUCCCAAAGGCACCCUGGCCCACGCCUUUGACCCUGGAGAGGGCAUUGGAGGAGAUGUCCACUUUGAUGAGGAUGAACUCUGGACAGCUGGUUUCAAUAGCAGUGCUUCUGAUUGCCAGACCGAGGGUACCUUACAUCAAAGUCAGGCGGGAUUUGACAGCUACCUAGAAAAAUUUGUGGGAGAGAUGUGGGAUGUAGGAGAGAACGGUGUCUUACUGCAAGGUGUUUUUGACAAUGACAGAGUGCUACCUGUGACGUGUCUCUCUCCCACUCCAGGGUUUAACCUGUAUCUAGUUGCAGCACAUGAGUUUGGCCACGCCUUGGGUUUAAGGCAUUCUCAGAACCCUGAGUCCCUCAUGUAUCCCACAUACAGAGCUCGGAAAACACACAACCUGCUUUCCAGUGAAGAUAUUAUGAACAUCAAUGUGAUAUAUGAACCAAGCAUUAAAAGGCCUUAUUACUACCCAAGGCUUAGUUGGAGCUAUCCCUUCAAACCUUGGUACGCGGGUUCAUAUUUCCCCAUGGCAGUAAAGGAAAAAUGCAGCCCUGGCUUGUCUUUUGAUUCUGUUACUACGUUAGGGGAGGCAAUCUUCUUUUUCAAAGGAGGGUAUUUAUGGAUCAAGCAUAAUAACAAAAACGAUGUGAAGGAGGGUCCCAUCUACAACUUCAUGCCCAAGAUCAGUUCAAAGAUAGAUGCUGCCUACUGGCUUCCCCAGCGAUCUGCAGCCUACCUGAUCAGCGGGAGCAGUUACUGGACUGUGAAGGGCUCUCAGGUGAAGGGCAGAGAUAAAAAUAUCAGCAGCUUUGGGUUUCCAGCCUGGGUGCAGCAGGUGGACGCAGCUGCCCACAUUCACCGGACGGUCCACACUUUAUUCUUCACUCAGCAUCUGUACUGGAAAUACAACGAACAUCGGAAGGCCAUGGAGGACUCUUAUCCACGCAAUAUUUCUGAUGAUUUCCCAGGCAUUAACAAGCCUAUUAGCGCAGCUGUUUAUAAACAUGGUUUCCUUCAUUUGUUUCUUGGAGCUGAGGUGUGCAAAUAUGAUAUUAAACGUAAGAAGGUUGUUGGAGUUAACAAAGCAAAUUCUUGGCUUGGAUGUUAAUGGAGAUCUUCAAAAACAUUUUAUAGCAUUGCACAUUGGACACACGAUAUCUAUAUCAGCCCUACCUAACUUACUCUAUGGCUAUAAAAUCAAAGAGUCUGUAUCACACUGUAUAGAGUAGAGACUGCAAAGUCUGUAUAAAAAAAUAUACAUAUAUAUAUAUAUAUGUGUGUGUGUGUGUGUGUGUGUGUGUGUGUGUGUGUGUGUGUGUCUAUAUCAGAUUCUAUAAUGCAUUUGGCUUGUGUAUUGUGUACAUAUUUUAGUUUAGUAAACGAGUAUGUGAAACAAGUGAAAGUACUUCUUUAAAACUAAAUAAGAAGUGUGUGUGUGUGUGAGAGUGUGAGUGUGCGCGUGUGUGUAUGUGUGUGUGUGUGCGUGAGUGU